AUAAUAAACUAUAAACUAUGAUAUAAUUCAUUAUUAUCAAAUCUAAAUUAUGCAUGUUACUAUGUUAGUAACUUAAACUCUAUAUAUAACGAUAUAAACUUUAAGCUGAUUACAGUUAAAAAACGACAUUAACUAACUGAGUACCUUUUUUGGGUGGUUAUCAACAUGGAUAAUACCAUGAAAGUUGAGAUUUUAUCAAGAGAGUUAGUAAAACCAUCAACACCAACUCCUACUCAUCUUAGAGAUUACAAGCUAUGCCUUUUAGAUCAGUUCUUACCUGAAAUGCAUGGCGGAAUCACCUUCUUCUACUCCUCCACUUUCCAUUUUCUUCAAUCUGAUGAAAAUGACGACAGAAACUACUGUCGUAUUCUCAAGAAAUCUUUAUCAGAUACCCUAACGGAUUUUCACCCCAUAGCAGGGCGAUUCAAAGACACGUCCACCAUCGAUUGCAACGACAGUGGAGCUUGCGUCGUUGAAGCCAGAAUCAACUCCAACCUCUCCGAUUUUCUCACCAGCGUCAACCAGAGAAAAGAUAUUCACACACUUUUGGGCAAAUUGGUUCCGACUUUGGAUUCGGAAACCAUGGAAUUAGCUUCCAAAUGCAUGUUGAUUGCUCAGAUCACCGUAUUCAAGUGCGGUGGAGUUUCGAUCAGCUUUUGCCUCGAGCAUCGAUUCUGCGACUUCUCUUCGGUCAUGGUUUUCCUCAAGAGCUGGAGCGCUAGAGCCAGAGGCGGUGGCUCCGACGAUAUCGCGCUCCCGGAUUUCGUCGGAUCGAAGUUUCUUCCGCCGCAAGACAUGCCUCCUCUACCGCCAUACCAAAAUCUGUUAGGGAAUCGCAACACCACGAGGCUCGUCUUCGAUUCUCCAAAAAUCUCGGCUCUCAAAUCGAAAUAUUUCACAGAAAGCUCCGAUCAGUACAAGAAAAUCUCUCGAGUCGAAGUGGUUCUGGCUCUAAUUGUGAAAACGGCAAUCUCCGCCACUCGAUCAUCGAUCUCCAAUCCAACAGCAGACGCAAAAUCUUUGCUUUUCCAAUCGGUGAACUUGCGGAAGAGGACGGAACCGCCAUUGCCAGAGAAUGCGAUCGGGAACCUCUUCUGGUUGCUUCCGGUGAUGCUAAAGGAGGAAAACAGCAUCGAGUUUCACGAAUUGAUUGGCAAGAUGAAGAGGGAAACGACGUCGUUUCUGGAGGAAACGGUGAGGAGAAUCAAAGGCGACGAAGAAGGGACUGCACUGGUAUUUAAAUCAGUGAAAGAGAAAGGAGAGAUUAUAGAGAGUGUUGGUGAGGUGGACACGUACUGGUGCAGUAGUUGGUGUCGUUUUCCGGUUUAUGAGAUGGAUUUCGGGUGGGGAAACCCGGUUUGGGUGAGCAGUGGAGUUGUGUCGUCGCUGAACUUGAUAGUGAUGGAGGAUACCAAGUGUGGGGAGGGAAUCCAAGCCUGGGUUUCUUUGGAUCCAAAAGUUAUGGCCAUCUUUGAACGAGACCAACAACUAUUGUCGUUUGCUUCAUUAAACCCUAGUAUUCUCACUUAGUUUUGCAUCAAACUCUAGUCAUUUAUGAGUCACAUAUACUCAGACUUUUUAGUGAAGAUUACAAUAUUAUUUUAAUUUGGAGUAUAAUAUAAUUAUGUAAAAGUAAAUGAGAGCGUGUGUGCC